AUGGCGUUCGGAUUUGAGACAACCGGCGACGAAAUCGUCAACACCUUCAAAAACCAAGUCAAGGGCAAGACCUUCCUGAUCACCGGUCCAACUCCAGGAGGAAUCGGCGCCGAAUCGGCACUCUGCCUCGCGCGGGCGAAGCCCAAACAUCUGAUUCUUGCGGGUCGCUCGAGCCAGAAGAUCCAGCCUCUGCUCGACCAGGUUCGGGAGAUUGACGCGAGCGUGAAAACCAGCUUCGUCCCGCUCGACCUCGGGAGCCACAAGUCCGUGCGGCAGGCGGUCGAGCACGUCAAGGCGCUCCUCGCAGGGGACGACAAGAUCCACGGCGUGAUCCUCAAUGCCGCCAUCAUGGCGUGUCCGUACGGUCUGACGGAAGACGGCGUCGAGACGCAGUUCGGAACAAACCACCUGGGCCACUUUCUCUUCAACAACCUCCUCCUGAAGAACGAUCUGGUGCGUUCGCGUAUCGUCAUCGUCAGCAGCUCAGCGUCCGAACGCGUGGCCGAGUACGCCUUCCAGCCCCUGGGCGAUGUGACCUACGACCAGGGCCGGGCAUACGAUCCGAUGCAAGCAUACACCUUCUCCAAGGCAUGCAGUGUCCUCUACGGGAAGCGGCUCGCGAGGGUGCUCCAGCAGAAAUACCCAGGCCUUGCCGUCUUCAGCCUGAACCCGGGCAGCAUCCGGACAAAUCUCCAGGCCUACUUGGCCGGCGAUAUACGCAGCAAAGCGAUCGAAGCCGCGAAGAGGUAUAACCCGGCGUUCAAGAUGCCCGAGCCCAAGACCCUGCAGCAGGGCUGCGCCACGCAGCUCCGUGCUGCCCUGGACCCGGCUCUCGCGGCCGACUCCGGCGCCUACCUGGACGACUGCCAGGUGUCGAAAGUGGGUGUUCACGAGGGCCACGAGCAAUACAUCGACCGAGUCUGGGAGCUCAGUGAGCGGCUUGUCGGAGAAACAUUUGAGUUCUAA